UAGGUCUUGAGGUAUAGUCUUUCUCUCUAGGUGGUUACAAGCCUUACAGGUUCAGGUAAACAAACAAAAUGUCUCAGAGCUUACCAGCGAUCCUUGAGGAGUGGAAAUGUAUGGACGAGCAGUAUCAGAACAUUCAGGAUACAUACAAGAUCUACGUGCAGAAACUAGAUGAGAUCUCCAAGCUGCAGAGUAGCUGCUCUGCCUCCAUCUCCAAUCAGCGGCGACGAUUAAAGGAGAUAACCCAGUCAAUCAAGAGAUGCAGCAAUGACCUUACAGCGGAAGAAGCCAAAUCCAUUGAGGAAAUGAAUGGAAAAAUCAAGACAAGACCAAAUCUUUUCUUGGAAAUGGAAUCAUUUCUUCCCAAGAAAAAUGGGAUUUAUCUAAAUUUGGUCCUCGGAAGUGUAAACGUGACUCUUCUCAGCAAGCAGGCAAAAUUUGCCUACAAGGACGAGUAUGAAAAGUUCAAGCUGUGCCUCACGGUGAUACUGCUUGUAUUUUCCUUCAUUUGCUACUUCUUCAUCAACUUCCGAUUUGUUGAUGCAAUCCUCAACUUUCUCUUGGUGUGGUACUACUGUACGCUAACAAUCCGAGAGAGCGUUCUCAUUACCAAUGGAUCCAGAAUCAAAGGCUGGUGGGUGUUCCAUCACUACAUCUCUACCUUCCUGUCAGGAGUAAUGCUGACUUGGCCGGAUGGACAUCUGUACAAAGUUUUCAGGAACCAAUUUAUUGCCUACAGUCUGUAUCAGAGUUUUGUCCAGUGUCUCCAAUGCUACUAUCAGAGUGGCUGUCUGUAUAGACUACGAGCGCUGGGAGAAAGACACAACAUGGACCUCACUAUGGAGGGAUUUCAGUCAUGGAUGUGGCGAGGACUGACGUUCCUCUUGCCCUUCCUGUUUUUCGGGCAUUUCUGGCAGCUCUUCAAUAGCCUCUCACUCUUCGGGAUGGCUAAGCUCCCAGACUGUAAGGAAUGGCAGGUCUUGGCUUGUGGUCUCUGCUUCCUUAUUCUCUUUACGGGCAAUUUCUUCACAACUGUCGCCGUAGUACGCCACAAAAUCAAGAGCAAGAACGAGACAAAGGCCAAGAAUCAAUGAUGCAACAAUGAAACAAUGCAAAUAAUCCCACAGAUAUUGUGAUUACUCUGAUGGUCUGCUGUCCUUUAAUCAGUUGUAUUGAAUCAAAAUGUUCAUAUAUUAAUACAUGAGAGUCAAGAUUUAUGUGAGGGUAUAUUUAUAUUAGCCUAAUGU